GAACCCAGCGAAGAAGUGUGACAGAAAAUGGCUGCCCUCUACAGCGGUAUCAAUUUUGCGCGCUUCGCUAGACUGUCUUUAUGCAUUUCUUGCAAGUGAGCCUAAUACUUCCCAAAAAGCAGAAUGUUUAAAAAAGCAAAAAGAGUCAAUCUGAGGCGAAGGAACGAGUCCGACGAAGACGAAAAGGAAGACAUUCAGCAAUCCCCACUUCCACAGCAGCUAGCGCCACAAACGUGCGGCCCUGCUGCUGGCGCAGCAGCCGUGGACGCUCCGGAGUUUGACAACAUUGACAUCGCCGUCGGAGCCCGAAACGUGGACUACCAUCACGGCAACGGAUUCCAGUCAAACGCCCUUAAGGCUGUCAAAAAGGAAAAGAAAAAUAGGGAUGCACAAGGGGGCCCCUCGAAGGGCAGUUUACUGAGCUUCGAUGAUGAUGAAGAGGGCACGGAGGUGUUUAGGGUGAAGAAAUCCAACUAUAGCAAGAAGAUUGUCAAGCAGUUGAAGAAAGAGUAUAAAGAAGACCUGGAGAAAACGGGCUAUGUCAAACAAGAACCAAGCACAGAUGGGGCUGGCCAGCCUAUGGCAGCAAUUAAGGAGGAGCCUAACAGUGGAGCAGGCAGUGAGCAGGGGGAGGAGGAGAUGGAGGUGGACAGCACUGAGGAGCAGGAGGAGGAGCAGAAGAACCAGGGCCAGGCCUCCAAGAGCAACAGCAACUCGGGGAACUUCUCCAAUGCCCUCUCCUCCUUGAGCACACUCCGCCCAGGCGAGAUCCCGGACGCGGCGUUCAUCCACGCGGCCCGCAAGCGGCGCCAGAUGGCGAGGGAGCUGGGCGGCGACGCGCCGCUGGUGGAGACCGAGGCGCCCAAGAAGCGGCUGGUCCGCGAGGAGGAGGAGCAGGACGGCAGCGACGACGAGGACGAAGACGAGAAGAGGAUCAGCUUCAGCGGCGUGCGCAGCAAGAGCCAGAGGCAGAAGAUAGCCGAGGAGAUAGGCAUCGAGGGCAGUGAUGACGAGGCCCUGGACCAGGGUCACGACGAGGAGCUGAGCCGCUGGGAGCAGGAGCAGAUCCGGAAGGGCAUCAGCAUUCCCCAGGUAGGGGUGCAGAGCAGUCAAGCGGAGGACCACAGCAGCAUGUACUACCAGAGCAGCUACGAGAGCCAGCCCUACAGCUCGUCCUACAGCACGCCCUACACCUACCCCAGCUUGGCCCUGCAGGCGGACAGCAAGCCCGCGGGGCGACCCGACGGCCCCGCGCCGCCCUACGGCGGCCCCAGCGCAGACCUCGCCCCCGUCUCCACUGAUCUGGUAAAGAAACGACUGCGAGACAGGCUGGGCCAGAUGCGCGCCGGCCACGAAGCCAACGCCAAACGCUAUGAGCAGAUCCAGGACGAGCUGGCCGCCUCCCAGAGCGCCAUCCGAUGCCUGGAAGGCUCGGCCAAUGACAACGCAGAUCAAUAUAAAUUCUUGCAAGAGAUGCGAGGGUAUGUUGGAGACUUGCUUGAGUGUUUCGGUGAAAAGGUGCCUGCCGUCCUGGAGCUGGAGGCUGACAUGCACCAGUUACUAAGGCAACGGGCGGUGCGACUCGUCCAGAGAAGACAAGAUGAUAUAAAAGAUGAAUCGGCGGAGUUUGCAAGCCUUUCAAGCAAGGCCAUGAUGGCGCCCAACCUGGAGGCGUUCAGCCGCGAGCGCACGGCCCUGCAGGAGCACGCUCGCCAGAGGAGGAUCGCCGAGAGGGAGGCGAGACGGACGCGGCGGCGACAGGCGCGGGAGCAGAACGGGAAGAGGGCGGAGCACAGGGAGGGGCUGUCCUCCGACGACGAGGAGACCUCCACCGACAUCACCGCCUUUGACCAGGAGAGAGAUCGUAUCGUGCGGGAGAGCAGGAAGGUGUUUGAGGACGCGGUGGAGGAGUUCCACUCCCUGGACUGCAUCAAGAGCCGCUUCGAGGCCUGGAGGAGGAACUACCAGGCCUGCUACCGGGAGGCCUACAUCGCCCUAUGUCUGCCCAAGCUCUUCAACCCCCUGGUCAGGCUGCAGCUCAUCACCUGGAACCCCCUCCAGGCAGAGUGUGCUAACUUUGAGUACAUGCUGUGGUUUGAGUCGCUGCUGUUCUACGGCUGUGAGGAGCAGAGCAGCUCACAGAAGGCUGAUCUGGACGUGGGGCUACUGCCCGCCAUCGUGGAGAGGGUCAUACUGCCCAAGCUGGCAGUGCUGGCUGACCAGGUGUGGGACCCCCUCUCCAGCAGCCAGACAGCCAGACUGGUGGCGUUCGUCCACAGACUGGUUAAAGGAUACCCCACGGUGCUCAACGGAGACAACCGCAACACACAGGAGUUCCUGAAGACGGUGGUUCUCAGGGCCAGACGAACGCUGGACGAUGACGUCUUCCUGCCCCUCUACCCCAAGAAUGUGUUGGAGAACAAGAACGGUGGUCCGUACCUGUUCUUCCAGAGGCAGUUCUGGUCCUGCGUCAAGCUCCUGGGUAACAUCCUCCAGUGGGACGGUGUGCUGUCCAGCUCCACCCUGAAGGAGCUGGCCCUGGACAGCACCCUGAACAGAUACAUCCUGUCUGCCCUGCAGAGCUGCCACACUGGGGACGAGGGCAUCGCCAAGAGCCAGAAGGUGGUGGAGUGCCUGCCAGCCCAGUGGCUGGUGGGGCUGAAGGGCCAGCACACCCUGCCCCAGCUGGAGCCCUUCUGCCGCUACCUCACCCACCUGGCCAGCUCGCUGUACCGCACCAGCCUGGGCGGCUCCGACGUGGACCGCCGCGCCGCCAAGGACAACAUCAAAGAGGUGGUGAAGCUACUGGGUCAACUCAACGCUCUGGACCACAUCAUCACCGUGGCAACGGAGCACGGCAUCAAAGACAUCAAGCCCCUGAUGGAGGUCAAGUGACAGACACUGAAAAACUGACUGGUCAACCAUGGAAAGCAGUACUCUAAUUAGGGCUUCACAAUGGACUUUUGAGUGGCUAUAUGAAAGUGAUUGUGUGUGUUAUACACAAAGGUGUGUGCGCGCACGUGUGUAUAUACUGUGAAUAGUGUACAUGUCUGUAGAGAGUCCCGUCAGGACUACAGAUCACCCCCAGACUUCCUGCCUUGUCUGCAUCACGGGAGCAGGCGGUGUGUUCUGGGAAACGUAGUCCGCUGAUCCUCUACCCCCUCAAUAAGAAUUAAGCGGACGAAAGCCAAAACGACCAGACACCUUUCACCUAAUAAACUGUGUGUGCGCUGAGGCCUAGGAUCAGUCUGGCCUCUCCUAACCAGAACCUCUGUCAUAUGCAGUCCCCCUCAAGGUGUGUGUGUGUGGAGGGAGGGGGGCACCGGGGAACUACCCGGCAACCUGCUCAUGUUCACCUGAUGAUUAGUUUUUUUUUCGUGUGCAGGCAGCUGUGGGAUGUUUGUAUUUUAAUUUGGCCUACUUUUGUGUCAUUUGUAUUGUUUGGCUUGUGAAUAAAAUGUGGAUAUGGAAGUUA